AUGUCCUCCUCUGCGGCACCAAAGCGCCGCGGAAAACACCUUGCCCAGCCCAGCAAGAUGAAAGGCAAUCGUAGGAAGACGCUGAUAUCGAAAGUCAAGAAGUUACCCGCUAUUACAGAAUCUCCAUCUGGCGAACACGUCGAUAAGGAAGAGCGAACACUAGAUGCCGCUCCCAAGUAUGAUAUUCAUUUUAUCGGAGGUGAUGAAUAUCGUACGACUCGGACGAGCCUCCUGCCUUCGCUCCGUGGUGGGCCAGCAGCGCCUGGCAGUGUGAAUGGGCACGAUAUGAAACAAGCUGGCACUCAAGUGCAAGCAAGCUCCAAAGACAGAAAGUCGGCUGGUCAUGAUAGCGUUCAUCUUCCUGGUAUCAACGCCAAACAGGCGAGAGACCGGAGGGACAAAUCGGCUAGUAGUAGUACUAGUAGAGGUGCUCGUGAAGUACGUUUCAACAGAGCUGGCAUCAGCAGCGAGUAUGGAAAGAAGAGAAUAGAUGUAACAGCCGAUUCGAUUAACAUGUGGCUGGUAUCCCAGCUGAGCCACGUAAAUCAAACAAAACCACCAACACCGGCACAAGCACCAGUAGCCACUCCAGCACCAAUGGCAAAGCUUCGUAAGCAAUCAAUGAAGGCAGCAAAGAGAGGAGCAAACAGCUUUAUCAGGCAGAAGAGAAAAGCAGCACGAAAGGAGCGGGAGAGAGAGUAUGAGGAGAUGGUGGAGCUGAACGCAUCAAAAUGGCCAUGGCUUGAGUUUCCUGAUAGCAUGAGAGUAAUAGAUUGGAAAUAUGUUCAUACUGGAAUGGACAUGUGCACUUGGGACACAGCAGCAGAGGGUGUGGCUGAGCAAUUUCACCAUCGUAUGAGCAGUUCGGAACGAAUUCGUUUGCUGCGGUGCGAGAAUGACGUCCACUAUGUUGGUGUGGAUUCAGCGAAUGAUGAUUUUACUCUUCUUGACAAUUCACCUGAUACUUUCUACUGUGUACGGCCGUCAGUUAUGACUGUUGCCAUUGGCCAGCACAUCAUGUUCAGAUAUGAAGUGCUGUCCUAUCUGAAGAGAACACAAUUUGCACAGGUGCUGCUAUGCUAUGAUCACAAGUCAGGGAUGAAAGUUGCUCUCAAGAUAGGUGACGCAACCGAGAGGAGCGACACAGUUGUGCAGAGUGACUACCACGGUGCUUGCAUUGUGGCAGCAAAGGACAAAGCCAAGACAGCCAACUUUUGCUUUGUUCGUGACGGCUUCUUCUUCAAGAAAUGCUUCUGCAUUGUCAUGGAUUUGCUGGGUCCUGAUCUUAGCACGGUCCUGAACCGUGCAGGAUAUCGCCGCAUCCAAUUGGAGUGGGUGAAGCGGUUUGCUAGGAACCUUGUCCGGAUCCUAUUGGAUCUGGCAGAUAGAAGUCUGAUUCACGGCGAUAUCAGGCCAGACCAUGUCCUCAUGAUACCAACUGGAGGAUUUGAUAUCAAGCUAAACAACUGGACUCAGGUUUGCGAUUCGUCUGUUGAGGCACCAAGACGCAAUAGGAAACCCAGCUCCUACUGUGCACCAGAGGUCCUCAUGGACAUUCCUGCAGUUGCAGCCAGUGAUAUGUGGAGCGUAGCAUGUAUCAUUGCCGAGAUGGCACUGGGUUAUCCUCUCUUCGCUGGCCGGAACAAGGUUGACAUGGUGCAAAGCAUUGCCGAGGUGAUUGGCUGUCCCGCAACGCCUCUAGAUCCAAGAUACCUGUCAAGACACGAUAGGCAGUGUUACGAGGGCAAGGUGUUCUUCACACAAGACAAUAAUCCCAUCCAUAGUGUGCAGAUGCUCGACUCCAUUACCAAGACUAGCAAGACAUUGGGUAGAAUGAUCAGACAGCCCAAUGGGACAAAGCGAUAUCACCUUACCCAGGGACACCCCGGCACAAGAUUUCUCCGGCAGCUGUUUCCCUCGGAUGCUGAUUCUGGGCCAUUCGUUGACUUCCUUAAGAAGUGCUUUCAGUGGAAACCUGGAGACAGGAUUACAGCUAUGCAAGCCAUGCAACAUCCUUGGCUGAUGUCACAAGAUAUUCACCCACCUAUGCAGCAGCUUGAUCUAAUAUCGCAGAUCAGUGAACCGUUUGACCCGUACACCGAUGGCAUUCCCUUCACAGAGUCCUCACCAGCAGCACGUAGAGAUGGGGAGCAAUGGGCAAAGUCACUAAUGGCCAGGUAUGCAGAAGACCCUGUGCAAGUGGUAGAAAAACGCAUUGCAGAAUUACGCGCAGGUACAACUCAGGCCAAAGCAAAGACGUUGGAAAAGCCCGCCAAACGAAGGUAAUUCUUUGACUGACUAACACAUCUGAUAUGGUUGGCAGUGCAACCGGUGAGGACCGUAUCAAGCUUACUUGCCCGCUCAUUGAUGUUGUACAGUUUGGACACCGUCUGCACACUGCGAGUAAUCCCCUGACUGUACUGCAUCUUUGCUGAUCGGAAACAAAGUGUUCUGCGGUGUCUAUCCACACUCCACUGCCACAGUGCAGUCCACUGUAUCUGUGCAUCUGACAGGCUAUCCAUACUCCACUGCCACAGUGCAGUCCACUGUAUCUGUGCAUCUGACAGGCUGACAGGCUAUCCAUACUGGACCAUAGUCAAACUACAGUAUGACAUACUGUAUUGUUGUGGCAUCAUCAUUGCACAAGUCUUGAUUUUAUUUUCGUAUUUAAAUAUAUUAGCACACGAAGAGACGAAGCUAGUUGAAAAUCUGAUGAGAUAUUUUCAACUAGCUUUGUCUCUUCGUGUGUUAAUAUGUUUCCCUCCGACUAAGUCUCUAUUUAAAUAUAUCAUUUUAUCCCUUUGCUUGAAAUGUUGCCUGGAAUUUCAACAGUACUGGUACAAUGAUUGUAAACGCCGCUAUUUCGAAAUGAAUCUCUCCCACAACUCAUCUCCCCUCCCCCUCGGUUACAAAAGUUGUGCCUUAGAAGCGGACUUGCAGCCUUGUCUAGCAGCACGCGGACAAGAUUUGUGCCAAGAUCAGCAAUCCUGGACAUAGUGCAUCAAAGGUCAAGACAGGAGUGACAUAAUUAUAUUAUCGUACAAGUACAUUA